AUGUCCAAGUCGUUCGGCUUCCCAACCCCAGUCAUGGAUCAUCUGUUUCUCCUCCGUGCCAAUCGGCGGAAAGGUGUUUUGUUGGCCAUGGGCAUAUUGGUGAUCUUUGGACUGGCUGUACACUCUUGGCUCUUCUACUUCCCAUCCACCAGCGAGUUGGCCUUUCGACAUAAACUGUCGACACCUCUGCCUGUGACAUUAGCCGAAAACACACCAGAGCUGAUGCACCAUCUAUGGAAACCCUUCCUCCACGACAUCAACGCGACGAACUUCAUGUCGAAAGAGGGAUAUCACUACAAGAUCAACAAGAAAAACCAGCGAUGGGCGCCCCAGAAGAAGAAGCUGCUUAUUCUCGAUGUCGAUACACGACUUGACACUGGCGCUGGCGCCAUGAUGAACAAAACGUCUAUGAAGGCGGAGGAAAUGACUGGAAGGACCGGCGGAAUGAUGAACCACUAUUUAUACGCUAUGAUUCACGGAUACGACUACCAAUUCAUUCGAGCCCCCGACUAUCGCAACCGUCACGGAACCUGGGUAAAAGUCCCAAUGAUCAAAGAAGCCCUCAAGACCCACGAAACCGUCGUCUUUCUCGACGCCGACGCCGUCUUCAUGUACCCCGAAAUCCCCUUCGAGUGGCUAAUGAGCCUCUGGAACAUCACCGACAAUACCCUCAUCGCCCUAGCCAACGACCCCGACUCGCCUCGCAACCGCGACAACAAAGGCAAAGUCAUGCAAAACACCGGCUUCAUGGUCGCUCGCCAAAGUAACCGCACCCAAGAACUUUUCCACGAUUGGAAUCAAUGUCCCACCGAUACAAAAUACAAAGAUUGUAGCAAAUGGGCUCACGACUGGGCGCAUGAACAAGCUGCGUUUUCGAAUCAUGUCCGCUACGACUAUAACCGUACAGAUGACGUGCGCACGAUUCCUUGCAUGGAUGGAAACGGAGCUCCUUACAUUGGGGACAAGAGCUGCGGUGGGGUUUUCAUCCGUCAUCACUGGUUCCACAAGGACUAUCCUGCGAACGACAUGCGUCAAAUGCUUCUUGAUACCCUCGUGAAGAGAAUACACGCUGGUUUUCACCAUGCGCAGGAACAGAAUUUCAUAGAUGCGACUCAUUAUACGCAUCCGCUUAACAACAUCAAGAAUAUGUAG